UUCAUAUAGGAGGUCGAUCAGCUGGUACUCCCGCAUUGCAGACGGCGGAGCCUGAGGGAAACGGGAAGGCACAAUGCAGCGCUUCAGUUAUCUCAUCCUUCUCGGCUUGCUGGCGGCGGCAGCUUUGGCAAGUCCCCUCUUACUGCAGAGAGAUUGCACAAAAGGGCCUGAGGUAUGGUGUCAGAACUUGCAAACUGCAUCUCAUUGCAGUGCAGUUAAACAUUGUCGACAAACUGUUUGGAACAAGCCUGCAGUGAAAAGUAUCCCUUGUGACUUGUGCAAAGAAGUUGUAACUGUGGUUGGGAAGGUCUUGAAGGACAAUGCUACAGAGGAAGAAAUAAAUGCCUACAUAACUAAAGUAUGUGAGUUUCUUCCUGACCCAGACCUAGUAAGUCAAUGCAAGGAUAUAGUGGAUGCUUACUUGCCAAACAUUCUGGACAUAAUCAAGGAAGAACUUGAUAAUCCUGAAGUUGUAUGCAGUGCACUUACAUUGUGCCAGUCUCUUCAGAAGCACCUGGCAACAAUAAAAUUACAGAAACAGCUUCAGUCUAACAAGAUUCCUGAACUAGACUUCUCUGAAGUGGCAUCUCCCUUCAUGGCUAAUGUGCCAUUACUCCUCUACCCUCAGGACAAGCCCAAGCAAGAAUCUCAGGGAAGCGGGAAUGUAUGUCAAGACUGUGUUCAACUAGUAACUGACCUUCAGGAAGCUGUAAGGACCAAUUCAACCUUUGUGAGUUCUCUAAUUGAGCAUGCCAAAGAAGAAUGUGAACGUGUGGAACCUGCAUUCGCUGAUUUGUGCAAGUCCUACAUCUCCCAAUAUUCAGACUUGGCUAUCCAGAUGUUGAUGCAUAUGCAACCACAGGAUAUUUGUAGCAUGGUUGGAUUUUGUUCUACCCUGAAAUCUGUGCCUCUACAGACUCUGGUGCCUGCUAAGGUUAUCUCGACAGUAAAGGUAGAACCAAUUGAGAAUAGCCUGAGUCAAACAGAAUCUUUCUCUCUAUGUGAUGCAUGUACGAUAAUGGUAGAAGAGGUGGCCAGCCUUUUGGAAAGCAAUAAGACAGAGGAGGAGAUGGUGUAUGGAAUGGAGAAAGUCUGUUCUGUGCUUCCUGAAAAAUACCGAGAAGAGUGCAGGAACUUUGUGGACGUCUAUGGCAAGUCUAUCAUUGACAUGCUUUUGGAAGCAACUGAUCCUAAAAUGGUGUGUGAGAUGCUGAAAUGCUGCUCAAAAAAUGUUUUACCUACAGAAAAAAUUGCUCCAGUGCAAUCACACGUUGGGAAUAUCUGUGAUGUCUGCAAGAUUAUUGUUGCAUAUGCAGACAAGGAAUUGGAAAAAAAUGCUACCACUGCUGAAAUUGAGGAAUUUUUGGAAAGAGUCUGCCGCUUCUUGCCAGAGUCUGUUAGUGACCAGUGUGUUCAGUUUGUGGAGCAGUAUGAGCCAAUGGUUGUGCAGCUCUUGGCAGAAGUGAUGGAUCCCACUUUUGUUUGUAAUAAACUUGGAGUUUGUGUGGCAUCCACACAGCCCCUUUUGGGGUCAGAAGUAUGUGUCCGGGGACCUGGCUAUUGGUGUAAGAACAUGGAAACUGCAUCUCAAUGCAAUGCCAUUGAACAUUGCAAGCGUCAUGUGUGGAACUAGAAGGGGGCGCCCACUUUGGCCAAAACUCUUCUUUCAUUCUUGAAGAAAACAAGAGGCGAGUAGGCUAGCAAGAGCUAAAUCUUGAUGUCCUGAUCUCUUCUCUCCACCUCCACCUCCAUUAAAGUUGCUUUUUAUGAAUUGUUUGGUAGCACUGCUACUACCCCUGGAAGAAUCCACAAUGUUGACUCUGAUUUUUAGUAGUUUAUGAUCUGUAAGAAUAAACAGAAAUCAUCAAUGUUGGUUGAUUGGCCCAAGUGCCUUUAAGAAGGUGUGCUUUUUAGUAUGUAAGUAAGCUAAGGACUCCACUGAUGUAUUUGGAUAUAAACAUAGUGACUAAUCUUUGAAGGCACUCUUCUUGGUGACUGGCUUGCUAGAAUAUGUGUCUGAUUGCUCUUCAUUAAAAGACCUGUUGAAAUUAUAUCCACUUGCUUAACAGUUGAUUUGUAAAGGAAUCCAUUUAAUUCAGUUCUUUGUCCUCGGACACAGCUGUAUAACCAAACAGGAAUACUUUUCCUUCCAUAGAAAUAGUCCAAAGAGGCAAUGUGAAUAUGCCCAUGGUUCUUGCAUAACUUUGGCUACAAGUCUCAAUACCAUUUUGGAUUUUUUUAGUAAGUGGCCAGAGUUGUGUUUUCAUGAAUCCUAAGUAGUUGAUAGCCCAUGUAGCGAACACUGAAUGUUAAAUUCAUAGGCUGUGUUUCAAACAAUGCAAGUUACUACUAUGAGUAUCCCACAGCAUGUUUUUGACACCAGGAGUUCAGAACUGAUUCAACCCUUUUAAAAAAAGCCACAUACUUCUUGAAAGAAUAAAAACAAUAAAAUUACCACCACUAGACUAGAAAAUCAGGCAGUGUACCUGGUGCAGUUUGACUGGCAAUUACAGUGCAUUAAACUAGUUCUCUUGCUGAGGACAGACUUGCCACACAAAAAAGAGUGUCUGAAUGAAGAAUACAAAAGAAGCUUGACAAAGGGAUAUUGAUAGCGUGGUUUGUAAUAGAUAAUUUUUUCAUGCGAGUUUUAGAAAAGCAGAAUGUCAUUUUCUGGUGUUGCCAUCUAUCCUGCAAAGCUAUUGACUUGCACACUGCAGCUAUUUGCAUAACUAGACAUUCUGCUGGAUAGUGCUGAAGGUAUGUUUGGAAUGUUUUAGAAGCAAAAUGUCAUGUGAUAGUAGCAUGCAUCAUGACAUUUGCUUGAGGACACUUGAUAUGCCUGGGCAGGGUUAUUAGCUCUGUGGCCAAUCGUCUAUGUGGACAGUGUCAGUGAUGAUAAUACAAGGCCUAGAUUGCAGAUGGUGCCAUUUACUAGCGUGUUCAUUAGUAGUUUCAACAUGUCUUUCCAUGUUCCAUCUAAGCAGGCACGUUUGAAAGCUGAAGAACAGUAGUUGGAGAAUGAGAACUGUCCAUAGAAAGCCUAAUGCCCCAUAAGUUUUCUAAACAAUUUUUUCAAAGCAGGGAUGAUUCACUGAAACCAAACAGUCAGCCUCUUCCUUUUUUUUUUAAUCUUUGCAUGUUAAAGUUAGGCGCACAGGAGGUUUGAAAACUGUUUAAUAAAACUAUUGGUGUAGAUGGAUAGGGAAUUCAGUCUAAUGGCAGCAAACUAAUUGUUGGUUCAAGUAAUCUGUUAACUGUUUUCAUUCAGUUUUAUUUUAUACAUCUUAGAUGCAUUGAGGGCAUUGAUUUUAUUUUUAUGUCUGCUCUUUGGCUCCCAAGUUCUUGCUACUUGAAAGUGAAUAUAAAAUACAAAACAGCUGCUGCUUCCUUUUCACCUUACUGCAGAUGUUGAUGCUAGCAUCUGCUUAAUGAUCUCAUGCACUGAUGUAGAGUAAAUAUUUGCCUCUCCUUAGUAUUGACCUCUCUUCUCUAGAGGUUGUCAGAUUUUGAUGCUGAGCUAUGUAGUGCAGUUGAUGUAGAUGCCAUUUUUUAAAAAAAUUGGCUAGAAUUUCUAAAAUGUACAGAUUUCAGUUUCUUGCUUGUUGUAGGAAGUGAUUACAUAAUGGAUCUUUUGGACAAGGAGUCUCACAACUGGGAUCUUACCUUUUGUGUGUGUGUGUGUGUGUGUAUUCUAGCAUACUAAAUGUUUUUAUUCUUGUGGCAUAAACCCUUCUACUAUCUAGGUAUAAACUUGGUGAAACAAACAAUUGCUUUAAUAAACAACACUUUUUUCUUUGAAUUCAAGCUUCUGUAAUUCAACAAUAAAUACAUAACUAAA